GUCUACUUUAUCCUCUUUUUUUUCCCAAAUGUGGUAACCUCUCUUUCUCUCUCACUGACACACUCACACACAGCCAAUAAAUCCUCUCUUUACUUUGAAAACUGAUAACCCAAAAAACCAAACCAGAAGUCCUUCAAAACCCUAGAGACCCUUGAAUUUCUUGUCUCUUCAUUUUAUUUCAAGAACCCACAUGAAAAAUUUUCGAUUUAUUUUCUUCAGAAAACCCUAAUUCUUCCAAAAAUUUGAUUUUUUUCUUUUUUGGUUUUGCUUUUUGGGGGAAUAUGGAUUCGUCGCCGGUGAUAUUGGACAUAAGCUCCGACGAAGAGCAGGGUUCAUCGGCGGAGACCAAAUCCGGCGACCAAAACUUAGAUUGGCUGUCGGCGCUAUUUGGAAAUUUGAACUCCGAUGAUGAUACGGAGGCUGACGACGACGUCGUGGUGGUCAGAGAGGUGGUCAACGAGAACCACCACAAGUCAAGGAAAUCGACGGUGGUGAUGAAGGAUGUGGAUGAUGAUUGCGUCGUACUGGAUUGUGACCCGAAUAAUCCGGUCGCCGAGGUUAACGAUGAUAAGGAUAAUUCUGGGUCUGAUGACUUGCUUAUAGUUGCAGAGAAAGGGCAGAUUGCAUGCAGAGACUAUCCUCAUCCACGUCAUCUUUGUGCUAAAUAUCCUUUCAGUUCCACAUCCCAUGAUAAGCACUGUGACCAGUGCCACUGUUAUGUUUGCGAAUGUAGCGCGCCAUGUCCAUUUUGGGAUUCAGGUUCAGUCAUCUUGAACCACCAUUGUCAUGCCACCGAUAAGGAGGAGAGAUGGAAAACUUUUAGGAAGCAACUCAAGCCGAUAAAAAAUACUACAUUUUCAGCUCUAAAGUGUUCUAAUCCUACUCUCUCUAUGCCACUUGCUCGAUGUAAUCAAGCUCAAUCACUCAACAUUUUUCGGUUGUCACCCAACUCCAUGCCUCCAAAUCAUGUCGCCAGACCAAGUUUAAUCCGUCCUUGCUCCACCUCGAAUAAUUAUACUGUGCCAAAUAUCAUAAGUCAAGGGAAGAGCCAACAGUCAGCACCUAUUUUGGCAAAAAACAGAGUCCAUCCGCAUGUGAUUUCACAGCAGUUUGUUGGUGUACGUCAUAGUGUCACCCAACGGGACCGUGGUAGUGUUGGGAAUUUGGGUCCAAGAAUUCCCCCUUCCAAUACAAUGUUUAAGAAGACAGGAAGUGUUAAGCCCAGUUCUGUGUAUGUUUCAUCAAACAACAAUAGCUGUAUCCAGGCAGCACAACAUACCAGAAAUGCUACUUCAACAGCAUUGUCAAACGAGAUAAAUCCCAAUAGGUGGCAGAAUUUUAGGUCUAGUGUAAAUCUGGAGUCAUUUAGGCCUCAGGACUGUUCUCAGCCCAACUUGGGCUUCCCUGGAAAUAUCAUACCUUCCCAACCUCAAAUAUAUAAUCAGUCUAUUGCUCAAUCAAAUGACGGCCAGAAUUUUUGUCUUCCUGGGUAUCAAAGCCAAAAACCUAGCGAAGAUAUUUAUCAGAAUGGGAAUUGUCUAAAUGACGGGCAAAAUAUCAGUCAGCAUGGGAAUCAAAGUUUCAGUACCACAGAUCCAGGUUCUUUAGAUUUUAAUUUCAGUUGGCCUAACAAUUCCGUUCAAAGCAAUCUACAACCUCCAAUUGGAAAUCUCCAUGUUCAAAGUGGAGGAUAUACAUGUGAGUCAUUAUCUGUAGAGGAUUCUAAUUCCCAGUUUAUGGGUAGUGCUCAGUUCAGUGAAGACAGUCUACCUGAGUUGUUUGGAUGUGCAACUCCACGUCCAAGCGAUCAAGUACUUGCAGUCGAAAAUUCUGAACUUCAAAGUACAGGGCCUAUGCAUGAAGCAUCCCAUAUUAAGGAGUCUAAUUGUGAGCUUGCUGACUUUGAUCUUGACAACUGGUUUUUGGAAAACCAGUCAGUUCCCAUGGUUUCAGGUGGUUCCAUGCCAUCUGAAACAAAUAUCUUUUCUCCUGUGACUUCUUCCAUUGAUCCAGGAAUGCUUCUGUUUGAUUUUGAAACCUCCUGGAAUGGUCUUGCACAUGUGUAGCAAUUAUAACCAAUUGUGCUUCUUGGAAAGAGGCAAAAGCAAGUGAACACAGCUUGUGUUCUGCAAAUAGUAGAAGAUGAUCUCUGUUUUGGAGGCUGGGUUUAAAGUUUAUCAGAGUUCUAGUGGUGUACAGUCUUUUUUAACUGAAGUGUACAAAGGUGCCCUGUAGGUUAAAUGAUGCCUGUACAUGCUGGUAGGCUUUUUUUAGGGGAAAAAAAAAAUCUUUUAUAUCUAUUAAUCUCAAAUGUUAAAUUAUGUCAUACCUGCAUAUUCUUUCCUCUUGUGACCUUGAUGGAUGACUGGUUCAAAUUUCAGAAUCUUAGAUCCUUUUCAGUUGUUGAAUUUGGUAACUGCCGAGGUUUUUGUCUGUAGUUGUGGGUAGUUGGUUUGAUUUUCUUGAUACAGGAAGUGAAUGAAUUGGCGUUAAACUGGGAAAUCAGUUUUUACUCAACAGGUUAAAGCUAGCUUUGUGUACAGUACAGCUAUCACCAGCAUAGAGUAGAUUAUUGUGUUCUGCUGUAUGUAAAUACUAGCUGGUGAGCAAGAAAAUGAGAUUGGAUUUUGAUGCACCUUGAAUGCUUGUAAUUUAUUAUUAUUAUUAUUAAUAUUAUUUCUGAAUGCAUGCUGAUUAAAAGGUAUCCAUGAAGGUUAGGUAAUUGGUAUCUUGGGGCAUCUUGAAAAUCAGCUUUUACAAUGUUCCAUAAAUUGAUACAGAACUUCUUUUAUUUAAGUCUAGAGUUUUGUGGUAGUAGCUCCCAUCUUGUCUUAGUACAAGCCUCACAUCCCUUCGUCGGGUCUGUCUUAGUGGGUCUUAGUGUGAGGAUUUGUGAAAAUUGCUCAUGGGUUCAUCAUUAAGAUUUUUAUUUUUUAUUUUUUAUUUUAAUAUAUGAUAAAAUUUCUACUCUAGCCUAAUUUAAGUACAUAUGUGUAUGAGUCUUCCUCUUCGAGACUUGAAUCACAGUCCUUGCCUCUCACACCCGACAAGUAUUUAUACUUGUAGAGUGACCACCGCAUAAAGGGCACAAAGGGGAAGCGGUGGUGGCUAUAGAAGAAUUUUAAUUUGUCAAAAAGGGUGAAGACAAUUAUUGUUGUGGGUGAAAAGUCACUAGUGGAAACGAAUAACAAAGGUGAGCAAUGUCUUAUAGUCAGAUUACUUAAUUCCAAAUCAUACAAUAAGGAAGCUAUUAAAACGGCCAUGCUUAAACAUUAGAGGCCAAUCUUCAAAUUGAGUGACUGCUCGGGAUUUGAAUGAACAUACUUUUUGUGUUUUCAUUUGAAGACACUAUGGAUAAGGAGAUUGUCUGCAUCAACAGUCUGCAGUAAUUUGACAAAAGUCUUUUUGUGUUUCAGGGUGGUUAUUUUACAAAUGUCUCAAUUGUGUUUCAGGAUUAUGAUGGCGAAAGUCAAGUUGCUAAUCUGCAAUUCCGGUGGGCUUUCUUUUGGAUUCAAUUGCAUAUUUGCAUGGGAUACCUUUCAAGGGAAUGAACGGAGAUGUUGCAAAUGCAGUGGGAGAUGAUUUGGGUAUCUUGAAGGAGGUAGAUAUACCAGCUUAUGAUGUGAGCUGGGCUGGGGGAAGUGUAUAAGGAUGAGGUUGAAGGUCGAUAUUUCGUAGCCCCUUACGAGGGGAGAAGUGUUGAAGUUAGGAAAAUUAGAACUGCUUUGGGUGACUCUUUAGUAUGAAAAACUUCCUAGUUUCUGCUAUGUUUGUGGCUUGUAAGAGCAUCUGCACUAACUAAUCUAAAUUAGCAUAAAACUCAUAAUAUUAGCCAUCUUUUUUA